AUGCCACCGCAUGACUGCUGCAAACUUUGGAACUACAUUUACUUGCAAUCACUGUGUCGCUUUGAUGUAGACCUCACUGACCACACUGAUACACUCACUGCAUCUGUGUUUGGUGACUUAGCAGAAACUUUGCUCACAUUUACUGCACUUGAAGCAAUGAAUUAUCACGAAGAGAAUGCAGAAUUGCCGCUAGAAAAAGUCCAUCAGGAACUACAAUCAAAGAUGUUCACAAUACAGCUAAAGCCAGCAGCUACCAGGGAUGGAGGAGGUCAUCAGCGUUAUACAAUUGUCUAUUGUUUUGAGGAUGCAAGCUCUGAAGAAUCUGCUAACAAGUCUGCAAAUCCUGAUGUCCAGACUUGUUUUGAGGAAGUUGGCAAUACUGUCCCAGCAAGUGUAGCACCAGAAAACCAAGUUUCUUCAUCAAAGGUGCGAAUUCGCCUUGAUACAAAGUUUGAUCAAUCUGAAGAUGCAAACGACAAUACAUCCAAAGACGAGGAGGCAUCCAUCAGCAAAAAGGCAAAGAAAAAUUGAUUGCCUUUCCGUUCCUUAGUUUUCUGGCUAUGAAUUCAAAUGUCUAUG